AUGAAUAAAAACAAAUUUGAAGAAGAAUAUGUAAACGAACAAAACAAUGCAAAUUCUUCAUUAGGAGAAACAGAAAUUAAACGAGUUUUGUCACGUUUUAAAUCAGAUAAAAAUGAAAUAUUGCCAGGAGGUUUACUAGAUUUACCUAUAAACAUUACUGUUGAGAAAUUACAGGAAAUUUGUAAUGCACUUCUUCAACAUGAAGAACCAAUACCUUUUGCUUUUUAUAUAAAUGAUGUUGAAAUCAUAGAUAUUUUAGAAAAUAAUAUCAAGGAGAAUUUUAACAUUAGUGAAGAUGUAGUUGAAAUUAUAUAUCAGCCACAAGCAAUUUUUAAAGUUAGAGCAGUUACACGAUGCACUGGAUCACUGGAAGGUCACAAGGAAGCUGUAAUAUCAGUUGCUUUUUCACCAGAUGGAACAUGUUUAGCUAGUGGUUCUGGAGAUACAACAGUUAGAUUUUGGGAUAUAUAUACACAAACUCCUUAUUUUACAUGUGAAGGUCAUAAACAUUGGGUUUUAUGUAUAUCAUGGUCUCCAUGUGGAACUAAGCUUGCAUCUGCAUGUAAAAAUGGCACAAUUUUAUUAUGGAAUCCUAAAACAGGGAAACAGAUAGGAAAAGCAAUGUUAGGACACAAAAUGUGGGUAACUUCUUUAUGUUGGGAGCCAUUUCACAAAAACUCAAAAUGCCAGUAUUUAGUUAGUGCAUCAAAAGAUUGUGACUUAAGGAUAUGGGAUGUAGUACGUGCACAAAUUGUUCGCACUCUUUCUGGUCAUACAAGAAGUGUAACAUGUGUUAAGUGGGGAGGAAGGGGUCUUAUUUAUUCUGCUUCUCAAGACAGAACUAUUAAAGUAUGGAGAGCUGAAGAUGGAAUCUUGUGUAGGACUUUACAAGGUCAUGCACAUUGGGUGAAUACUUUAGCAUUGAAUGUGGACUAUGUACUUAGAAUUGGUCCUUUUUAUUUUGGAGGUAAUCAAGAUAAAAGUGAAAGUUUUUUUGAAGAUACAAAGAAACAUUAUGAAUCUGUAGGUGAAGAAAUACUUGUUUCUGGUUCUGAUGAUUUUACUUUAUUUCUUUGGAAACCAGAAAAAGAAAACAAAUUUACUGCAAGAAUGACAGGACAUCAGCAGUUGAUUAAUGAUGUGAAAUUUUCUCCAAAUGGUCGCAUAAUUGCAUCAGCUUCAUUUGACAAAUCUAUAAAGCUGUGGGAAGCAAAUACUGGAAAAUAUAUAACUUCAUUAAGAGGCCAUGUACAAGCUGUAUAUUCAAUUUCAUGGAGUGCAGAUUCCCGUUUACUUGUUAGUGGUAGUGCAGAUUCUACUUUAAAAGUGUGGAAUAUAAAAUCAAAGAAGCUUUGCCAGGAUUUACCUGGCCAUGCAGAUGAAAUUUAUGCAGUAGACUGGUCUCCAGAUGGGUUGCGUGUUGCAUCUGGUGGAAAAGAUAAAGUUUUACGACUUUGGCAGAAUUAAUUAAUUGUAUUUUAAAAAAGAGCAAAACAAAUUCACGGGGCAACG